AUGCUGCAGACAUCCCAGAACCUUCCUCCUGGCAGUGUGCGUAUUGUCAAUUUAAGUUCAUCUGGUCACUGGAGCGCACCGAAAUGCGGCAUCGACUUCGAAGAUACAUCGCUGAAGAAAUACGGGCCAUGGGAGCGAUACGGACAAAGCAAGCUCGGUAACAUUUUACACACAACAAGUUUGCGCACAAUGUAUGGUCCGGGCUCUCGGAGUGCGCUGUAUGGCAAAGGCGAGAUCUGGGUUCCAUCUGUACAUCCAGGUCUGGUGGAAACGAAUCUCGGGGAAGCGGUAAAAGAGUCUGGAUCCUGGAUGAUGCCCCUUUUCUCGGCGUUUCGUGUUUUCGGCUUAUUCUUGACUGCCGAUAGGGGUUCAUGGACUAGUUUGUUCUGUGUGGCAAGUCAAGAUAUGGAGGCGGGGCAUUGCGGUGGCUAUCUCGAGAUUCAUCGCAGACUGAUGGAGGUUUCGUGGUUGAGUUGUGCGGCGAGAGAUGGGAAGCUUGCACAGAAGCUGGACGAUUGGACACGAGAUUUGAUGAAGAAGGAAGGGUAUGUCCAGUGA